UUAUUUAAACACUAAAUUACUCUUGUUCCCUUUGUCUCAUACCCAACUUGAAAUUCAAGAUGCAGAAAAAUUUCAUAACCCUGCUUGUGCUACUCAGUUUCUUGAGUUUCUCAUCAUAUAUUCUCUCUUCCUCUUCUUCACCUGCAACCAGUAAGCAUUUCAAAAUAUAUUUGGAAGGUGAAGAAGAUUCACCAGUUCUACCUUCUUUAGUUAAGGUGGAUGAGAAAUAUGGUGAGGGAGUGGUGGUGGUAGUUGAUGUGGAGGAAGGAUUAGCAGAAAGGAGGAUGGAUUUGGAAACUCAAGACUAUGAUGGGACAGGAGCAAAUAGAGAUCAUGAGCCUAAACCUCCUAGGGUUUAAUCUCUAGUUGAUAAUGGCAUUAAAUAUAUUGUUUGUUUUUCUUAUGUAUAAUUAUAAUGGAAUAAUAUAUAUGCAUGCAUAUGGUUAUCUUUCAUUUGUUUGAUUAUAAUAUGAAUUUGCUAUGUUACGCCUUUGUCAAUUCAAAGUCGCAAAUUGUAUGUAACUUGCUAUUUCAAAUAAACAAGGUUGACUUUGUAGUA